AUGGCCACCGCCUCUGCCUCUUGCCUUAGCCUGUUGGUGGUGCUGCUGGCCUCGGCGGCGUCGGCGCAGCUGUCGCCGACGUUCUACGACAGGUCGUGCCCCAACGCGCUGUCGACCAUCAGGAACGGCGUGAACACCGCGCUCGGCGGGCCUUCGUGGACAGUUGUACUGGGGCGAAGGGACUCUAAUGCUUCAUUCCCUGGCCAGACAAGCGACCUCCCACCUCCUACGUCUAGCCUCCAACAACUUUUGUCUGCGUAUAGCAAGAAGAACCUCGACCAAACCGACAUGGUUGCCCUCUCAGGUGCAUAUGCAUACCGUAGCCUAGCUAGCUAG